UAAUAUUUCGGAUCAAAGACCCAACCCCAGACUUAAAUGUGAGCAGAAACCAUGAGGCCGGAGAGACCGGAAAAGGCGACACUCCGCGGAUUACGUGUCCCCUCCUCAUUGGCCGCUUUCUCAUGUUCCCCGUAACGGUCCCGUGAGCAGCUCCCCAAUCCGGCAAUCUAUGGACACCCUACUCCCGGUGCGCCAUACGCCCAAGGGGAUAGACCCCACCAUAGUCAUAGAACUCGAGAUGCAGCGGGAGCAUGGGACUUGAGCGAGCCUCCCCCAACCAUGAUGUGAUACCUUGCCACAGUUCAAAAAAUUGCAUUUUGCCUCCGCCUUCCUGUUCGUCUCCGCCCACAAAUCCGUCAAUUUGCUGCUCCCUGUCUUCGCCGUAAUCAAAGCAGCUGUCGGGGUAAUGCUAGCUCUACUCUUCUACUGCUGAUUAAACAACCUGAGACCUCUGCUGCCUUUUGUCGGGUCGAUGAAGGUCACGCUUGUUUCUGUUGAGAUGGGUGUCUGUCUUUCUUCAGUUUCAGGACUUUGGGUCUGUCGCCUUCUGGGUAUCGGCGAUUUUGGUCGCAGGCGGGCGGAUCAAUGGGGAUGGUUGAUCUCUGCUGGUAUUUGUAGCAUUUGUAGAUGCAGGACUGCUGAAUCAUGAUAUUGUUCUCUUUGGCUAUUUGGGUUUGAGCUGAUUCUCUAUCAGUAAUGCAUGAAUAGCUGAAUCUGACUUAUAAUAUGGGCGGAUCAGAGGCUGAAGAUUUGCACAUGUUCAUGGGUUUCUGAAUGUUAAGAGACAAAGGAACAUGGGAGAUUUAGCAGAAAGACCCGACUUGCACAGCAUGCGGAGGGAGCAGGAAAGAGAAAGACGCCGUAUGCGGGAUAGGGAGAGAAGACAAUCUAUGACUCAACAAGAAAGAGAAAAGCAUCUCGCUAGGCGCCGUAAGAAUUAUCAGCUUCGUAGGCAGAAAAUUAAACACUUCGAAAUAGGGUAUCAAUCAGGACCCACAGGUACAGCCUCAAGCGGAGAGAUUGGUGAAAGAUUUAAACAACAAGCAACACCUGCUGCCUCAGAGCUCAGGCCGCAAUGCAAGGAUAUUAUUCCCAUUGGGCUAGAUCAGGUCCUACAAAAGAUCAACAUAGAACAGUCGAAGUCAGGGGGAACAGAAUCUCUGGCGUAUGAUUUGGCUAAGCUCCACAGAAGGUUAAGGCUGAGUCACGUGAAACAUUUUGCACGAUCAUUGAAGCGUCCCGUGUGUGAGUUUACUGGAAGUAGUCUGCAAAUUGUAGCGGAUCUGAUUGCGAAGGGGAACCCAGCAGCAAACUGUAAAUCUAUGCAAGGAGUACGUCUGAACAGCAUCAAACGGCUUGCACGGGCAGUGAAAAACGGUUCGAAAGAGACAGCCCAUAAGCAGCAGCAAAGUGAAACAGAUGUGCAACAGAACCUGCUGAGGGGGGGAGCCCAGUUAGGUAUUGAUAUGUCGAACUCAGAAAAACCUACUGAGAGACUUACAGAUGAAGAAAAAAGUUGCUCGGAUGGUAGUCAUCAAUGAGAAGUUUUCAUGGAUCACGCUUUUCUCGGAUUACAGAUAAAAAUUCUGUCUAGGUUCGAGAUGCAGAAGGCAUAGGAUGGAGAUGCUUGAAAAUCAGGUGGUAGAUAUGCUGGGUAGAUGCAGAUCAUUCAUGUGCAGUUGUGCUGUGGACAGGAACAGAGAUAGUAGUGAGAGAAGUAGGACUUUAAACAUUAUAUGACCCAUUAAAGGUUCAAGUUCUUCCCUUAAUAACCCUUUCGAAGAAUGCCUUCAGAUCCCGAUCCACUGAUUAUGUUUCUGCUUCAGAACAUUCGAUCAGUUUCUUGCUGGAAGAGAAAACUCAAUUUAGUAAAUAGGUUUGGCUGACCUAAUGAUUUGAGGUUGAACUCAUUUGCUACUUAGUUUGGUCAGUGGACUAUGAUACAGCAAGAUCCCUUCA